AUGAAGCCAGCUUCCCUCAGAGCACUGUCUGAGGUAGAAUAUACCAAGAUUGGUCGCAGAGCGACGCUGAAGUUGGAUGCUCUGAUUAUGCCAUGCAUGGUUACCAUGUACAUUUUGAACUAUCUUGACCGACAGAACAUCGCCGCGGCUAAGCUCGCUGGCAUCGAAGAGGAUCUACACAUCUCGGGUGUGCAAUACCAGACUUGUGUCAGCAUUCUGUUUGUUGUUUUAAUGCAGGUCCCAUCAAACAUUAUUGUCGGCAAGAUUCGAUGGCCUGGCAUUUAUAUUUGUAUAGCGAUGGCCCUCUGGGGUCUCCUCUCGGCUCUCACCGCUAUAGUCCAUAACUUUGCCGGUCUUAUGGCUUCCCGCUUCUUCCUCGGCUUUAUCGAAGCCGUUUUCUUCCCUGGUGCCUUAUUCUACAUGUCGCUAUUCUACACUCGAAAGCAAUAUGCUCUACGGACAGCCAUCUUAUACUCCGGGUCCCAGCUCGGUAACGCGUUUGGUGGACUCUUCGCUAUUGGUAUCCUUGAGCUGGAUGGAAAAAGCGGAAUGGAAGGCUGGCGAUGGCUUUUCCUGAUUGAAGGCGUGCUCACUAUUGCCUUGGCUAUUAUUAUUGCUUUCAUCCUUCCUAACAAGCUGACGACUCUGAGGGGUUUCACCAAGUUAGAAAAAGAAUGGCUUGUAUGGAACUUCGAGGAAGAUCAAGGACAACAAGACAAUGCGGACGAGAUUAGUGCUAAGAAGGGUGUUUCAAUGGCCGUGACCGACCCGAAGACUUGGCUACUCAUGGCGACGCUAUACGCUAUUUAUAUUGCGGCUGCCGUGAGCAACUUCUUCCCUUCUGUUGUGGCCACGCUAGGGUACAACCGUAACGAGACUUAUGCCCUCACUGCGCCCCCUUACAUUCUUUGCGUCAUUGUAAUGGUGAUCAAUGGAUUCCAUUCCGACAAGAAACAAGAACGUUAUUGGCAUAUUGUAUGUCCGAUGAUCAUCUGUCUCGCUGCAAACAUCAUCGCCGUCGCCACAUUGAAUACAGCCGCACGAUAUGUUGCUAUGAUGAUGAUGCCUGGCUCCUUCUACGCGGCGGCAAUUGUCGUUCUUUCCUGGGUGGCCGGUUCCCUGUCCCAGCCAACCAUCAAGCGUGCUUCCGCCAUCGCUUUGAUCAAUGCUGUCUGCAAUACUCCAAAUGUGUGGUGUUCCUAUCUAUAUGGUUCAUCACCGCGGUAUCUGGUUGCUUUCUUGGUCAAUCUGGCCGCAUCUGCCGUUGCCAUAAUUGCAGCCACCGGAACCCGGAUGUAUCUUCGACGACAAAACCAUAAGCUUGACAAUGGCAUUGAUACUGGCCGGAAUGGGCCAACACCGGCUCAGCAGGCUUCUGGCUUCCGCUACACCCUCUAG